CAACUCCUGGUAAUAAGUUCUCAUUAACCAACCCCUCUCUCUCUCUCCCCAAAAACAGCCAAAAACAGAGAGAGAGAGAGGAGCACACUUCAGUAUCUCAUUGGUGGUUUUUUUUCCUUCUAUUCCUUGAGAGAAGUCGACUUGGAUCUGAAAAAAUGGCCAAAUGGGUGUGUUUUUGAUUGCCCACUAUUAUCUAUCUAUAUAUAUAUAUAUAUUUGAGGAAAGAGAGAGAUUAUUAUAUAUAGAGAUGGCGAGAGAGAAGAUUCAGAUCAAGAAGAUCGAUAACGUAACUGCGAGACAGGUCACCUUCUCCAAGAGACGAAAAGGGCUUUUCAAGAAAGCCGAAGAGCUCUCAGUUCUCUGCGAUGCUGACGUUGCUCUCAUUAUUUUCUCUGCCACCGGCAAGCUCUUCGAGUUCUCCAGCUCCAGCAUGACGGAAAUACUUGAAAGGCGUAAUUUGCACUCAAAGAAUCUUGAUAAGCUGGACCAACCUUCUCUUGAGCUGCAGCUUGUAGAGAACAGCAACUUCUCCAGAUUAAGCAAGGAAGUGGCAGAGAAAAGUCAUCAAUUGAGGCAGAUGAGGGGAGAGGAGCUCCCAGGGUUAAGUAUUGAAGAACUACAGCAGCUCGAGAGGUCCCUCGAAGCUGGGUUGAGCCAUGUGAUUGGGAAAAAGGGUGAAAAAAUUAUGAAAGAGAUCAGUAACCUUCAGCAAAAGGAAAUGGAACUCAUGGAAGAGAACGAGAGAUUGAGACAACAAGUGAAGGAGGUAUCUAAUGCUCGAAAACACGUUGCCGUUGCGACUGAUUCGGAGAAUAUGUACAUAAAUGAGGAAGGUCAGUCAUCUGAGUCGGUCAAUAUCUGCAACUCCACCAGCCCUCCACAAGACUAUGACAGCUCAGUCACGUCCCUCAAGUUGGGGUUACCCUACUCCGGCUGAAAGGAAAGCAGAAAGGUGUUUAUUUGGAGAGGAAGACGGUGACUGUCGCCUAUAUAGUUGUAAAGAAUGAGUGAUGUCAAAUGGAAUGCAAAACUAAUCCUAACAGUUUUUAGUAACAUGAUUUAUGAGUGUAGUAUUUGACAGCUAUUCUAUCUGAUGCUAAUAUGCAUGGAGUGGAAUUGAGCUAGCUUGCACUGUGUCUUGCUCUUCUGCUCCCCAAAUUGUCACUA